AUGCUGUCGUUUUUUAGAGGGAUUCUGGACUGGUUAAAAAGCCUUUUUUGGAAAGAGGAAAUGGAAUUGACGCUUGUCGGCCUCCAAUAUUCAGGAAAAACAACUUUCGUUAACGUUAUUGCGUCUGGGAACUUUUGUGAGGACAUGAUCCCGACUGUAGGAUUCAACAUGCGUAAAGUGACCAAGGGGCAUGUGACUAUAAAGUUAUGGGAUAUUGGCGGCCAGCCCAGGUUCCGGAGUAUGUGGGAACGAUAUUGUAGAGGCGUUAAUUGUAUAGUGUACAUGGUAGACGCAGCUGAUCACGAAAAGUUGGAAGCUGCCAGGAAUGAGCUACAUAACCUCUUAGACAAACCACAGCUACAAGGAAUACCAGUACUUGUCCUCGGUAACAAGAAGGAUUUAGAUGACGCAUUGGAUGAGAAAGAUUUGAUUGAAAGGAUGAACCUGUCAGCGAUUCAAGACAGAGAGAUUUGUUGUUACUCAAUAUCAUGUAAAAACAAGGAAAAUAUUGAUAUUACAUUGCAGUGGUUAAUUAAUCAUUCAAAAACUGGAGGAAAUUAGGCAAGAAACAGGUAGAGUCAUUCCAUAGUGGUCGAGCCGAAUCCUACGUCGACCAGCAACAAUUUUGUUAAAGUAACACAUCGACGUUGGAAAGACAAGGCUCUGGUCAAGAGUAGUUGUACAGAAGAAAACACUUGUAUAUAUUACCAUCUUCUCAAAUCGUCACGCCCAGCACACAAACGUGAUGUGUACGAACUUAAAGGGACCUAUCAUCAGCAACAGAAUCUGAUGCGUUAGUUAAUAAAAACAUUAUGUUCACCAGGUUUUAUGUUGCAUUCUUGUUUUGGAAGGUCUAUCAGAGCAAACCAAACAAGUGCAAGAAGAAAUUAAGGAUAUUCAAAAGCAAAAAAUUCAACAUGGUUGAAAAUUUAUUAAGUGAAUUAAUGUUGUGAGUGUUACUGUAGUAACUGAUUAAAUAUUUAUUGUAUACCUAGAAUUUUUUUUAAUUGUUUUACUGGUAUAUGACAACUCGCAAAUCGUCUGAACAAAAAUCUUCCAUCAGGUUCGCUUGCAUAAAAAAAAAGUCCAAACCAGAUGUUAAUAGACCCUUGAAAUUCCUUUGCAAGCACUGUAGCAUAAGGCACUCCUAAGAACAUUCUAGUCAUGUUAAUAUUAAGUCCCUGAUUACUUACUAAAAUAGUAGGCAAUAGCGCAGCGCACUAAUUACACCUUUUAACGCGAGAUGUAUACACCUGCCGACGGUGAUGUGAAUGCGUCAAUAUUCUGAAAAAACUUUGUCCGAUAAUGAUGUUCCUGAUGCAAGUUUCAAAAGUAUAUGGAAUUAACAUAUUAGUCUAUGUCCCAAGGCAACAGAUUCAUCGCUGAGGGGGUAAAAUGUCCUGAUAGGGGAAACAUCCACCACAGCCCCACCAUGGCUGGAGUAAAUUCUUAAUAUAUGGACCUUGAGAUACCCGGAAAUGGCUGUAAAAAUGCUUUUUCAAAGCAGUGUUUGACAAAAUGGUUUGCUCCUUCCCUGUCAGUGUCGAGGCUUUCCGACAUGGGGCCUGGACCAAUUGCAUGUUUAUCUAUGCUCAAUGAUUAAAAUUCUACAUUUCACUGGUACAAAACACUUGCAUAUGGAUUCACUGUUUAUUCUAUUAAUAGCUUGGCCUACUUCAAAUAAAUGAUGCCACAGAAACUUUGGGUGUUUUUAGAUUCAGUGCGCUGCGCUAUUCAAAAGCAAUUACAGAUAUAAACAUUUAAAUAUCAUUUAUCCAUAAACUUGGGGAUUUAUUGCAUGCAUUUUAAUUUGUUUAAUAUGCCUGCAUUUGUACUUAGGUAAAGUUUCGUACCAUAUACUAGAAAGUAAGUAAUUUAUUUAGGUUAUGUGUAUUAAGAAUACAUUUCUCUAUAUAAACACUCACAAUAAUUUGAAGACUGUAUCGACGUAUUUUCAAUACAUUUAUAUGCUUUCAAAAAGGUUAAAAGUAAUUAGCAAUCAUUAUGUAGAAUAGGAUCGUACAUUUGUCUUGAUUUAAAUUCCUUCCCCUGUGACACGAAAUUUAUGCUGAGUGGGGUUAAGCUGUAGUUGUGUAGAUGAUAUAAUCAAAACAUUUGUCAUUGUGGGAUUUAAUGAAGGUAAUCAUAAGUAGUACCUGUAUUUGGAUUUAAAAUCAGGUUUUACGCAAAGAGGAGUUAAAACAAUGUAAUAAAUGUAUUUAAUUUAUUAAGUUUUUAUUAAAGUUUGGGCGAAAUAUAGCCAGCAUUGGAAGCUCUUGACUGACAAAGCGUGUAUCACGUCUGGUACUUGAAGAACUUAUUAACAUAACAGUAUAAAUAAGUCAUUACCGUAAUCAAUGUCAUGUUUUUUAGAUUAAAAUUCAUUAAAAAUAGAUCACUAUAACAAGUAUAAUUACAAUACCAGUAUUUUGGUAAACUUUAGAUUUAGAAAUUCCCAACUUACCCUUGCAUAUAAAUAUUAUAAUUCAGAUGAAAAAAUGUAAUUGUAUGAUUAAGGGUGUUGCUGACUGUAAUGUUAAUUUCGUUUGUAGCUGUUGAGUACAGUAUUUCUAUGAAACCAGACAAUACCAAGAAUGUGUUUUUAGACUGAACUGAAAGCACUUGCAAUUCAGAUAGCAUGCUAGCUGGUUGUAGUAUCAAUUAUAAAUUUUUCUAUUCUUCAAAAUAGUGAAAGAGAACCUACAGAAGUCGUUUCCAGUAUGUAUAUAUGAAAAAUGAGAACACUUGAAAGUGUGUUAAUUUCAUACUUGUUUUUGAUGUUUGAUGCAAAAUUUAUUUCAAAUAUAGACUUAUGAAUAUGGGA